UGAUCUUUUUUGCAUGGUCUUUGAGUUCAUUAUGCAUGACAAUUAGAGGAUGUUACAGAACGUAAAGUAAACCAUUGUCAGGAAAUCAGUGGAUGGCAGACAGUAAACCUUUUGAGUGCUUGUCUAUAGGGGUAUGGUUUGUGCACACUAUUUUCUUGAAGCCCAAGUUAACUAGAGCCAGUCAUUAAUUUGAUCAACUAGCUUGAUGUUCCAUGAAAGUACUUAUAAGCUGCCGGGCAUAAGGAUAUACUUAAGGAUCUCCUUGGGUCACAGCCAAACUGACCGUCUCAGUUGGAUAGGUGAAAGUGCACAGUGGUAUACCUUGUAUCAUACACAUUGUGAUGUGUCAAUAUUUUUUUUGAACCAAUAUCAAGCGCUAGCGAUUACGAGGACAUUUUUCACUUCAAGGACCUCUUUGUAUUAUUUUUUAACUGUGCGUUGUUGAAGGGCUCGUAAGCAAGCAUUUCACUGUAAAGUCUAUACCUGAAGUAUUUGGUGCAUGUGACAACAUUUGAUUUGAAAUACAUAGAGAUCCCUUCAUGUAUUAUGGAUCAUGGGAAAACAGUAUAUUAAUUAUCUCCCUGGACAUGGGAACAUGGUCCAUACUCUUCUACUUUGAACCUACCAGAUAUCUAGUAGGGGGAGGAAUCACUGGAUUGCUUUCUCCUAUACAGUUGUUUCAGAUCGAGAUAGGGGAGCGAGCCAUCAAGGGCAGAGGGAAGGGUUUCAAAAUGGGAACACUGGGCUUGCCAUAGGAUUAGCCCCCAUGUGCUAAACUGCCCUGGGCUGUGCUGAUAAGCAUGUUAAGAUCAGUAGUUCAGGGAGGUACAAAGAGUGAGAAGAGAUCAUAUUGGAACGUCACCUGACCCUCCAACCCUCCAUAAACCCUCCACAGGGUCCAGUUGGUGGCUGGCUGGCUGUUCAGGUUUAGCUUGUUGAAUGAGGCAGACAGACCGUAAUACAUCCUGAGGACUGUAUUUCCUAACAAAAUGGCUUCCCUCCUUCUGCCGACUAAAAACACGACUUUUAGUGCACCAAUUUGCUCUUUUUGACUUCAUGUCUUUUGUGAUCUUCAUUCUUUAGAUUAGGAAAUAAUUAUAUUGUAGUGAUACAGGGAGAACAGCUAGAGCCAGAACAAGCAUAUGCCUACUUUCUCUUGGAGCCCCUUGACUCACCUAUCUCGGGCAAAACCAACAUUGGACAUUUUGAGGGCGAAUCACGGGGAUCUGGGCCUAGUCGGGUGUCUGUAGUAGUAUAUCCCUCCCGUCCGACUCAUUGAAGAACUCUUCGUCCAGCUUGAGGAUUUAACAUUAGACACUUGAAGAGAGGCAUAGUGGCUCCCCUCACUGGUGGUGGCUGGGAUCACUUUACUUUUGGGGACCAGUGGAAGACGCACAUUUCUUACUGGCUUAACAAAAAUAGAUGGCUAACCAGACACCUGGAGAACAUAUGCUUGAAGUUGCAAGUAGGUGAGGUUUUGAUUGGCUGAGGUUUGAGAAACAAGGCCUCACGAAUCAGACCACAUGGAGGUCAAAGGGUGUCUCAUCACAUCCAUGGGUGUGGGGUCUCCAGAUCAGGACAGCAAUCUGCAAGCUGAGCGCAUCUCCGCACUACAGGAGAGAAAGCAAAUCCUGGAGGACAUCCUCAGCAGCCGAAUGAGAGAGCUGAGACAAGUGUGUCUGCUGGAGGCGGAGCUGACCGGGAUGGUCCCACAUGCUUUUCCCCUGGAGACAGGAGAGAGAGCUCCUGUUGUACAGCGCAGGGCUGGACUGGCACAUUACAACACCAAGGGAGAGGAUGAGUCAGGUCAGCGAAGGCAGAUGAAAACACUCUUCAGUGGGGCUCUGUACAGACACUCAGAGUCAGACAGGAAUGUCCCCAACAGCAGGAGGACCGUCCACCGGGGAUGUCACACAGAGGACACAGUGAUGUCGGAGAGUACUAGCUCCAUGUCAGAUUCAACGUGCCAUGACAAUGAGGAGUCCUCUCCCAGUGUUGCAGAAGACCACUGCUCCAUGUCCCAGCACCGUCUGGGCAGCCCAGACCACCAGGUCUGUAGGAAACUGUCCCCAGUGGAGAUAUACUAUGAAAUGAGAACACGCCGUAACUCUGUGACCAGCUCUAUCAGCCCUAGUCAUUCUCUACCAAGGAGUGCAUCUAAUGUUGAAGGCAGAAGUGUUCCUGCUACCCCCUUCCUCGCCCGAACCGCCCCAAUCAGUGUUCAUGUCAGAUCAGAUGACUCUGGUGGGAUUUCACUAAAGCAGUGGUCUGGCAGCCUGGAUGUACCACAUAUGGAGCCCCUGGCCCAGGAAGGCUCCUCCUCGGAGCGCAGAGGCUGCCCUUACAGCUCCCGUGCCCGGCGGAGCAACAGUUCUGAGGCCCUGCUUGACCGCUCCAGUCUCCCUGAGGACCCAGCCCCCAGGAAUGGGAUGCCCCCCAGAGGAGGGCCUUACAAAAGUUCUGAGGCCCUCACUGAUGGCAAGCUGAGGCACAUCCACCUGGGCAGUCCUGAGAGACAGGAGCAGGCCAACCUGCGGCUGUCCAUGGGUGGGAGAGUAGAAGCAGCAGAAGGAGGGGGUUACAACGAGCUCCUAAUGGAUUACAUCUGGGGAAAGCAACAGAGGAUGCAAGUGCAACACCAGCUGUACCAAUCAACAGGUAGAAUCUGGCAGGACAUUUCCUCUCCUCGAUCGUCCACUGCUGCAGUGCCUCCUCACGCCAAUGGCUUCUCCCACUCCCAGGUGCAUCUUCCCAGCGCUACUCCUUCCUACAGUCCCAGAGUGAUCCAUAGCUCCCAGGCAGAGCCUCGCAGAGUCAAAGUCACCCGGACCAAGUCCUGUGGACCCUUCAUCCCCCUGCAGCAGGACGCCAUCCUGCUCUCUGCCUAUGAGUCUCCCCACCCUACCCCAAGCUCCACUACCUCCUCCAUUCCCAACCUGCACCCCUUCCAGACUGAGCUGUCCGGCCCAUCAUUCAAUCGCAGGCCUCCCCAGUUCUCUCUCCCCACCCCUGAGGACUCGACGAGGAGUCUGCAUAAAGCCUUGGCGCUGGAGGGUCUCAGAGACUGGUAUCUGAGGAACGCCCUCGGCUACCCUACCACUACAUCGAAGGGGCAUGAUGCAGGGGUCUCCCGUCUCUCAUACCCCCACCCUUUUGUGCACCAGGCUCAGUCUAUACAAGGUGAUCCACUCCAUAGGUCCCAGAUGUCUCAGUCAGCCAGCUUCCAUGGCCACCCACUGCAUGGAAGGUCAAUGGAGUUCUCACUCUAUCAAGAGCCCAUUCAUCCUCAGAUGCAAGACAUGACAACAAAGGAGCCCAGUGCUGACCCUGGCACUUUGGUCUGAUGUAGCUGAAUAUAUAUUCAAACACACACGUGCACAUACAGACAGGCAGGCAGGCAGGCAGGCAGUAAAAGGAGCUGAUAUAAGGUGACCUCACAAGCUAAGGCAGGCAGGCAGGCAGGCG